GGGGCCGGACCCCCAUCGGCAGCCCAGGAUCCAGGGGCAGCUUCUGGCUUCUUAGGGUACAGAGGGUGGGACUCUUCAGCCAGCCCAGCCCAGCCCAGCGAAGCCUCCUCUCCCACCGCUGGUGAGGAGACCUUCCUUCCCCUGGACAAGGCUGCUGACGAGCUGCUGAAGUGGUCUCUCCAAGCCCUGGCUGAGCCCAAGUCCAGGUCCGAGGGUUGGGGCUACACUUAUUUAUUGGGGGAGACAGCUCGCUCUCCCACCUCCUUCCUAGAAGGGAGGAGGAGGGCCCGAGGCCCAAGCAGGACCCAGCGGUCCAAACCCCUAGCUGCUCCAGGGUGGGGGACGUUGGUGGACCAUGGAGUCCCUGGUGCUGCCCCUCAGGUGGGACCCAGGUGUUCUCAGCUGUACCCUCUACCGAUGGCAUUUGUGUUUUUGAUAUUGUGUCUGUUAUUAUUUUUUAAUACAAAAAGAAAAAAAAAAAGACUUUGUGCAAUGAAGUUUGGGGACUGGGUGAGGGGAGCUCUUGGUGGAGGGGUGUGGCCCCGCUUCCAGGGAGGUGGUGGCGAGGGUGAGCGACCUCCUGCCUUCCUCCACACCCUUUCCAGCUGCGUUUGUCCUGGGCGGGAGAUGAAGGGCAACUUGAGUCUAGGGUUUGAGCGAGUUCCAGCGCGGACAGGUGCCCCACGGGGAGGGAGGCCCACCCAGCCGGCCAACACACGGAGACGGCCGGGUCUCCGUGGCCAAGGGACGGGAAGUCACGUGCCCAUCCAUGGUCGAACUGGUCGCCAGGGUGUGGGAGAAAGGAGGGGCGGGGAGUUAACCCUUCGGCUCAGGAGCCGGGGCGGGGGGGGGGGGGCCGGAGGGACAAAUCUUGGAACGGGGGUCACGGGGGACCCGCGGCAACAUUCGGUCUCUGAGAUUUCUCACGCACUGACUCCCGCGAGAAGCUGAUCUAUCUCCAGGCGCACGGCGCCUUCCGCCGGCGCCGUGGCUUAGCUGGUUAAAGCGCCUGUCUAGUAAACAGGAGAUCCUGGGUUCGAAUCCCAGCG